CAUGAGGAUCCUCGGCAAUCCUCCACCUCUCUCUAGGAGAACGGACAUCACGAUUAGCCUCACCCGUUCGUUAAGGUGGAAAAACCGGUGAAAGUUGGCGGGAAUAAACCCUUAUGAAUUUUAAAGUUUCUGUCACAAUGGGAGAGGAGAAAGCUUUGAAGAAAUAACACUGCACUGCUCCCGGGUCCUCCUGGGUUCUUCAUCUCUGUUGUUUUGCUGUGGGAUGGAUUACAGGCUGAGCUGACUCUCCUGUCCUGUUGGACCAGCCAGAGGACACCCUGAUCGCUCAGAGACCGGAGGGACAGCACGUUCAAGAACGUCUUGGAGCUCCUGCUGUUCUCGAUCAUUUGACUCUCUUCUUCUCGGGCAAGGACACAUCCCCAGGUUGAACAAUGGUUUUGAUGUUGGUCAAGUUUGACCUGAAGAAGCGGGUGAAGCUCGCUCAGACGGUCUGGUUCAUGUACUGGUUCGCCGUAAUGGCCGGCGUGCUGGUUUUCAGCAUGGGCCUGUUCUUUAAGAUCGAGCUGCGAAAGCGCUCAGAACUUAUGGACAACAACGAGAGCCACUUCUUGCCCAACGUGCUUAUACUUAUGGGUCUAAUAGCCUGCGGCAUCAACGCCUUUGGAGGCAAAGUCUGCUACGACUCCCUGGACCCUACCAAGUUUGUAAAGUGGAAGCCCAUGUUGAAGAGCUUCUUGAUGCUCUGCGUGGUGUUCAACGCGCUGCUGAUUGUGACGGCCCUGCUGUGUUUCGUGAUGAGGAUCCCCCUGCAGUUCACCCUGGCCGAGGGGCUGCGGAACGGCAUGAAGUACUACAAGGACACGGACACACCGGGGCGCUGCUACAUGAAGAGGACCCUGGACCUGAUGCAGAUGGAGUUUCGCUGCUGCGGAAACGACAACUUCAGAGAUUGGUUUGAGAUUCAAUGGGUUAGCAACCGUUACCUGGACUUCAGCGCGAAGGAAGUGAAAGACCGCAUUGGGAGCAACGUGGACGGCCAGUAUCUGAUGGAUGGAGUCCCGUUCAGCUGCUGUAACCCCAGCUCCCCCAGACCCUGCAUCCAGGGCCAGAUGACCAACAACUCUGCCCACUACAGCUACGACCACUACACAGAGGAGCUCAACGUGUGGAGGCGUGGCUGCCGUGACGCCCUGCUGUCCUACUACGGAGGGUUGAUGAACACCAUCGGAGCCCUGGUGGUGCUGGUCACUAUGCUGGAGGCUGCUGUGACCGUCGGCCUGCAGUACGUCAACAGCUCCCUGUCCACCCUUGCGAACCCCGAGGACCCGGAGAGCGAGAGCGAGGGCUGGAUCCUGGAGAAGACGGUGAAGGAGACGUUCACUGACAUCAUGGCCAACAUGAAGGCCAUGGGCAAAGGCAGUAAGGUGGAGGAGGGGGGCGAGGCAGCGGUUGCCACGGUGAGCUGA